AUGGCCUGCAACGAACAGAGGUGUAAUUUGAAGCCGCUAUGCGUGGAAGAUGGUCACUCAGCUGGCGUUAUGCCGGCCAACCACUUCACCGGCGCAAUCCGACCACUGACCCAGUAUUCGCAAUUGUCUACGCCAGUCAAAUCCACCCUGCGAAGUGUUGGUACAGAGGGAAGCGCAGUCGGCGUUUUCCACGCAUCGAUGAAGCCUUUCACCAGAUCACCGGGCUCAGAUUAA